AUGACGGUCAGCUAUAAUCAUCAAGUCGCCACCUCGAAGCCCUACUUAAUUUUGAAGCUCUUGGGCAGAUGGAAAGGCUCCGUUUGGAAAGCCGUCUCGGUUGAGCUCGGCAUUUGGCUGGUUCUGUACUACACAAUUUUCUGCGUUUAUCGUUAUGCUUUUGGGCGCAGUGCACAACAAAGAUUCGAAGACUUUAUCCGCUUCUUCGAUGCCUCGAUGAAAUAUAUUCCCCUGGACUUUCUACUAUCAUUCUUCGUUACAAUUAUUGUCAGCCGAUGGUCGACGAUUUUCCAGAAUUUGGGCAUGAUUGAUAACAUUGCCUUAUUUACGUCAAAUUUUGUGAAGGGGACCAGCGAUCGGGCGCGGAAUAUCAGACGAAAUAUUGUUAGGUAUUGCUGCCUCUCGCAGGCCAUGGUUUUCCGAGACUUGAGCAUGCAGGUUCGCAGGCGAUUUCCGACUUUUGAAGCCCUAGUGGCUGGAGGCUUCAUGAUGGAGCACGAGCUCGAGCAGUUCCACGCCGUUAAAAAUCGAUACGCCAAAUAUUGGGUGCCGCUGAACUGGGCGCUGACGCUGUGCAACGACGCGAAAAAGGAGGGGUUCAUCGAUUCGCAUAUCAACGAAUAUGCCAUCACUCAGGAAAUCCGCCACUUCCGCACCGGGCUGUCGCUCGUUUGGCAACACGACUGGAUUUCGUUGCCGAUUCUGUAUCCACAGAUCGUCUUCACAGCCACUCAUGUCUACUUUCUCUUGGCACUGUUCUCCCGGCAGUUCAUCGUCACGGCCGAUCGGGUGCCUGGCGAGGUCGAUAUUCACUUCCCUGUGAUGACCGUCUGCCAAUUUAUCUUCUACGUUGGCUGGAUGAAGGUCGCCAUGGCUCUUCUAAAUCCUUUCGGAGAAGACGACGAUGAUUACGAUUGUAACUUCUUGUUGGACAGGAAUUUGACGAUGUCCCUAGGAUGCCAAGAUGCGCAUCGUGACCCACCGGAAAUGAAAAAGGAUGCUUUCUGGAAUAUGGAACAGGCUCAACCCCUCUAUUCCUGGCACUCUGCCCUCCGUCAUAUCAACUUCUUUAUGGGUUCUGCGGCCCUGCAAGAAAAAGAAGAGGGCGGCAUGAAGGGACAGGAAAUCACGAUGGUGCCCCAUCCCGUCAACGAGAAAUACAUGAAUCGAAACGAGCCCGGAGAGCGGCGCCCAACCGUCGACUUGCGGAUACGUCGUAACACUCCCAGACCUUCGAUUUCUGAUCGAUCAGCCGGAGAAGAUGAAGCCGGGCUGCUUCUCCUCGGGCGCUACAGUCCACGCCCUCAAAGAACGGCCCAACUCGGCUCGAUGCUGUCGACGAGUCUGGCGAAUAUUCGGAGGAUGACAAAUGCCUCCAUGGGUUCUCGAUCGCGGGUCAACUCGGCCGUAAUUGUGGAAGAGGGCGCUGAUCGGAUUGCUAGACUACCGCCAUUUGAGAACGGCCUCCGUCCCCGUGCCGCUUCAGAGCGACCACCUCAAAUCAACAUUUCCCGAGGGUCGCUUGAUUCCGAUCGAUCCAAUAUAAGCUUCUCGAAGUGCACGAACCUAUUCUGCCAAUUCUUUGUCAACAAGAUUCUACCCUACCUCCUGAUCGCGUUAUUAAUUCUGAAGGUGGAACGCCACUAUUUUGCCCCCAGGAUGGAAUAUCCGUUUUUAAAAGUUGACAACACUUCACGAGUAGACCUGGGUUUCCGAUUUCGACAAUCGCAACGACAUGAAAAUUGCGGACCGAAUACUACGCUUUUCAUCGGAGUCAUCUCCCGCCCCACCGAAUUUGAUCUUCGGGAAAGUGUGCGGAAUAGCUGGGCAAAGAAGGAAAAUUUUGAUUCGAACUUCACGAGAGUCGAAUUUUUCGUCGGGAAGCCGAAAGACUGGGAAAUCGAGCGUCUCCACGCCGAGAUGUGGCAGCACGGCGAUAUAUCAAUUAUCGACAUGGAGGAGGACUACUACGCGUUGCCACAAAAGACGCUUGGGCUGCUAAUGUACAAAGAGCAGCACUGGUUUCUAGCACCGGAAUCGAAGCGUAUCUACGGAGCCUGCUCGGUAAAGACGAAGGUGCAACGGCAUGGGAAAUGGAGUAUUCCGAGAUGGUUACUGCCGCAGAAAACUUUUCCGCAGUAUUGUUCCACCGGCAUCUACAUGUUUGCCGGUAACUCAACGGUCAACGACAUUUUGGAAAGGGUUGGGGUCUCAAAAUACUCAAGGUCCGCCAACUACCGUAAACUGCCCGAGGACGUGCUGUUCAGCGGAAUUUUUCCGGAGCAACUAGGAAUUUCGAGGGUAACAAUCCCCGGCGUGUCGUUCAAUUCCACCGUCCUCACCGGCUGUGAGAAUGGGACUACGCUGGUGUACAGCUUACACAUGACGUCGAGCAAGGAUCCGGCCGAACAUCUGACAUGGAUAAGGAACACGGCAGCCGCCAAAUGCUUCGAUUUGAACCUCGCAAAGAAGAAGCAGAAUUCUGAGGAGGAAUCUGAAGAAGCGGAAGAGCCGGAA